ACCCUGAGUGAGAGACGACCCGCAGCAGCACACUCACACCUGAGCCUCGCGCAGCGUCUUUUCGCGGCUCUUUUUCGGACCAACAGUUACACGGACUGCUUUGCUGCCUUCAGGGUCCUGCAGGCUGGAGCUCAGGAGCAGCUCUUGUGGGACUGCUGGAGGACCUCAGAGGCAUCGUCUGGGAACCUGGAGAACACCAGCGCCUCAAGGACCAAGUUCAACAACGAUAUAACCAUCUAGUUGGACUUGUUCCACUGCAUGCGGCGCUUCAGUCUCGGAGCAUCACUCUCUCUCCACCUUUCUGCCAGUUCCUCUCUGCAGCUUUCCUCGUUGUGGACCAGGAGAUCUCCAGAGGCUCAAGGAGGCGAACACCUUCUGUGGGAUCUCCUCCUAAUCCCACCAAGCUGCACAUGAGAGCGCUGCAGGUCCAAGGUGCCACAGCCCUGAGAGCUGCUGCAGAGGGUGGAAGACGUCCUCCAUCACUUCUACAUCUCAAAAGAUGUCAACCUGCUCCUCUACAAAUCCUCCAUGUUAAAGAUAUGAAGGAUGCAGCGUGUGCACAUCUUGAGAGGCUGCCUGAGCGACCCUGAGGUGGGGGAGGGAACCCUGUACAGGUUUGGUGGCACCUUGCAGCUGAACUACACCGAGGGAGAGGGAGCUGCUGCACCCAUCUGGAUCCCUGAGAGAGGCCCCUCUCAGCAGGAGGGCUUCCACUUUCACCAAGCCCAGUGGGUCACAGGGAACCAGGUUUCCUGUGAAGCGCAGGCCAUGACAGGGGUGGUGCGCUGGAACUUCCGGAGACUGGUUGACCUGAAGCUGCCCGGUGUGGAGCUGCCAGCCGUGUUCGACCCCGUGUUGAUAGCAGAGCUGAACAAUUUGUCUCCAAAGGUGACGGCAAAGGCAAAAUAUCCAGCGCUGCAGGUCACCAACAGAGACACAGGAGAGAGAUUCGGUCUGGACUAUGUGGAGCGUUGCUGUCGUCCUGUUCCUCUCAACUGGGACAAGCACAAGACACAGCCAAGCAUGGCCGCUGCGGUCGCCAAGGAGACGGAGCAUCCUGCAGCUGUAGAGGCCACAGACCGUCAGGAGACCAGUGCCACUGUGAGGGAAGCUCCAUCCAGUCUUGUGCCCAUCCUGUCCUUCCACGAGGGGUCUGACGUAAAGUUCCAGCCGCCCUGGAGGCCGUCGUCUGAUCCAGCACCGCUGCCCGUAUCCUCCUCUCCAUAUAGCCGCUCGCACCGGACCGAUGAAAACAGGAGGCAUUGUCCAGGUCCUGGACCACGGCCGGUGGACAGAAGCUGCCAUCGACGGGCUUCUGAUUAAACACCACGGAGCUCCACGCAUGCUGAAGCAGGUGGAUGACGACUACGCCGCCAUGGUCCAGAGGGGGUGCACUGACCCUCACAGUUUGU